AAAGUUCCAAAAACGUUACAGAGUGGGAAAGGACAAGAUCGACACCGAGUGUAACGUAGACCCGGCCAUCUUCAAGAAGACCAGUGCAGUUUGUAACUACUCGGACCCGCAUGCAGGCGCCUGGUGGUAUUGUGAGAAAGCCGCCAACAUUUCUUGUGACACAUCAGGCUACCAUGGCGGAAUUGGGUACAGAGACGUGAAUGGGAAACUGUAUGGCAGGUAUGUUAACGGACAAUGUUUAUAUCUUUGAACAGCUGUCGGUUAAAACGUCUGCAAGACAUUAACCCAAUUCUUUUAUCAACAGGAAUAGGCUGGGGCGAACCGUUGUGCUUGGUUGAAAACGCGAGCCCGGUAUGCAGGAAUCUCUAAUUAUAAUUCAAACUGGAACUUUAAACCCUUUAUGAUAAAAUUCAAACUGAUAAUGUAAACCAUUGCUGAUACUUCGAAUUAAACAUUUUAUCUAAUGCAGGCUGAUAAGUUCAGCCUUGUAUGAUAAUGCCAAUCUGUACGCUGGGGUUUUCACAACAUUUUGUGUUAUAACCACUAUUACAGGGGCUAUAAAGCGCUGAAAAUGUCGAUUUCUGGAUUUCCAUCUCAACUUAAUGUUACAAAAGGGCGAGAUCCUUUGGGCAAUCGCAGACGGUGUGUCCGGGGACUGGUCACUCCACAGAUAUCUGGUUUCUAUCGGAACGGCGUGUGGAAGUCUCUCGUCUGUAAGAACAGACAUUUCUCCAGCCAGGCCGGCUGGCAGCAAUGCCUGAAGGGGAAAACUUUGUAUUUAAUGGGUGACUCUUCCAUACGGCAGUGGUGGGAACAUUUGGUCAGAAUCUUGGAAAUGAAAGAAACACAUAUUCCUGAUACCAUACACGCAACUGGACCAUUGCUCGCCCGAGAUCCUGUUAAUAAAAUAACAUUAAACUAUCGUACACACGGACCGCCUCGUCGUUGUCCUUUUACUCGGACAUUUCACCUCAAGUAUGUCGCUAACAUCAUCGAUGAAAUGGAUGGAGGACCGAACGAUGUGGUUGGUAUCACCUUGUGGGCACAUUUCACCUCGUACCCUGUGGAGGUCUACAGGAAAAGAAUAAAAGCCGUCCGUGCUGCAAUAGAACGUUUACUACACAGGAGUCCUGAAACUCUGGUGGUCAUCAAGUCCGCAAAUACGUGCAAUGGCAACAAUGAGCUGAUCGUUGGAGAUUGGUUGGCACACAAGCUGGACUUGAUAAUGAGAGAAAUGUUCCGCGGGAUGAACGUUGUUCUUGUAGAUGCUUGGGAAAUGACCAGUGCACAGCACUGGCAUAGGGAUACCAUUCAUCCAGCCGAGGAUAUCGUCGUACAAGAACUAGAGUUUCUUUGUUCGUUCAUCUGUCCCUUGUGACCCUAGAAUCUGCAGUUUGUUUAGUCUUUAAACAGACGUUUCUUGCAUUAAAGAAACUUUCUAGGAGAAAAUGAGAUAAUGUUUUCCGAGGUGUUUGAAACGGUAGCCAACCAACGAACCAAUUAACCAGCUCACAAGCCUACAAACCAACAAACCAGCCAGCCAACUAAAAACCAGCCAACCUUCCAACCAACCAAUUAACCAACCAAACAAUUAACCAGCUCACAAGCCAAACAACCAACCAGC